AUGAGCCCUACCAGACAUCUGAAGUGCAGUAUGGAUGAUCCAGCCACCACCCUGAUUCAUAUGAUUAGUCAGGCUUUGAGUCCAACAAAACAGGAGGAUUCAAAUGCCUCAAAGCAAGUAAAUUCACCGAAAGAGGUUGCAGAUCGUGUGGAUGCACUGAAGACACUGUUUAAGAAGAGGGCCUCCAUCCACUCGGAAUACUUAAAGGAAUUGUACGCCCUAGAGUUCAAGUAUGCAAGGCUCUACGCACCCAUUUACCUCCAGCAACGUGCUAUUGUGACCGGCAAAGAUGUGGAGGAGAUGGAGGAGGAUGAACCACUGGCCAAUCCGAAGACUCUCGGCGAUGCCGAACUCGAUGUCUCCUUGAAUUGCGCUCCUGAGAUGGACAUGGAAAUUUUGCAGUACCUUGAGGGUAUACGAUACUCCUUCUCUAAGAAACUCUCCAGUCCGGGCUUUCGACUGGUAUUUAUGUUCAAACAGAAUCCCUUUUUUAAGGACAUUGUCUUGAUGAAGCAGUUUUCAUUAAAAUUUAUUGACCAAUGUGAAGAUCUCAAUGAAUUCGGUCCAACCAAAGUCACCUCCACCAAGGCGUCACAGAUCGAUUGGACUAGCUCACAUGAGCCAACUGGUGAUGUGGCUGUUCCACCAAAAGACUCCUUUUUCAAUCUCUUUCGAGACCUCCAACCAGACGCGCUGGAUACACCGGAAUACGUGCAAAUGAUGGAAGACUACGACAUCUGCGUCUACAUACGUGACCGAGUUUUGCCCUACGCGGUGUACUGGUACACGGGCGAGGUGAUGCAGGCCUAG